UGGACACUUAUCUUGAUGACUACGGUUAUCCAGUAUCCGCAACAAGUGGGUGACCCGGGCGUUCUUACUCCCCCAGUCGGUCUGCAACCUGCUCCAGGUGGGAUAUAUCCAUCAAUUGCGCCAUUCGCUCCUUCAGCAGUUGGGUAUCAGCCACAACAACAACCAAUGGAACCAAAUAUUCCUACCGUGCAUCCGGCUUCGCCGUUUGAUGCUCGAGCCGAUGCGGAUGCUCUUCAUAAGGCCAUGAAAGGAUUAGGCACUGAUGAAAAGGCGCUCAUCACCAUACUGUGCCAUAGAACUAGCAGUCAACGUGCUGAAAUCAAUAGAGCCUACAAAUCAGGCUACGGAAAGGAUUUAGAGUCGAAAUUGAAAAGCGAAUUGAGUGGCGCGUUUGAGAAAGUAAUGAUUGCACUUUGUCUCCCAUUGGCCGACUAUAUGGCUCGUGAAAUGUACAUAGCCAUUAGUGGAUUGGGUACUAAUGAAGGGACGCUCGUUGAAAUACUUUGCAGCGGGACUAAUCAAGAGAUCCGUGACAUAAACGCAGCCUACGUAAGAUUGUACGGUCAUCCUAUGGAAAAGGACAUCAAAGGCGACACCUCUGGCACCUUCAAAAUGCUUCUCGUGUCGUUGGCACAGGGUCUAAGAGAUGAGAACCAAGUGGUUGACGUAGCACAAGCCAAGGCGGAUGCCCAACGUUUGUUCCAAGCCGGAGCGGCCAAAUUGGGUACCGACGAAAGUGCUUUUAAUUCAAUUUUAGCGACUCGCAGUUGGGCUCACUUGCGCCAAGUAAUGACUGAGUAUCAAGCUAUGCACGGCCACAGUUUGGAAAAGGCUGUAAUUAGCGAGUUCUCAGCUAACGCGGAGAAGGGCCUUUUAGGAAUAUUGCAGUGUGCCGCAAAUCGGCCGGGGUAUUUUGCCCAGCGCCUGCAUAACGCCAUCGUAGGAAUGGGCACAAAAGACCAAAAUCUUAUCCGCAUUAUUGUGAGUCGUUGCGACGUCGAUCUAGGCAACAUCAAACGAGAAUACGAAAAAUUAUUCAAAAGAAGUCUCCAUGCAGACGUUUCGGGCGAUACAUCAGGGGAUUAUAAAAAGGCUCUUCUAGCUCUUCUUGGCUGAUAAAGCAUUCAGUUGCCAAAAAUUGAAGACCAGUUCUCCUUAACUGUAGCUAACUUUUGAUUGGUUUCAUUUUGUAAAAAUUACUUGCCUUUGUGAUUUGGCUGUGAUUACGUUACAUCUAUUAUUGCGUGGCAAUUGUCACGACACUGUUUUGCUUCCAAACUUUAAUUCCGCAGCGUCCAUUAUUUCAAUUGGCUUCUAUACAAUAUGUCCAUGUCUCAUAGAAAUCCAACAUAGUUAAUACAAGGGAAAAGAUUAUUAAA